AUGAUCUGGGCAUUGUUUUUCAGAAAUUCACAUUCAAGUUCACCGACACGAUCUUUGGCUAAUGAUGACAAUGAUCUUGAUGGUGAUUAUGACUUAUAUAAAGUCACUAAGGAUGGAGUUACGAAACAAGAUACCAGUGGUCAACAAGCUGAAGAUGAAAUUGAUGAAUAUGCUGCAUCUGAAAGUUUUUUCAGGGAUACCGUUGAUUUUUAUGAUUUAAAUGAUUAUAGAGGGUCAGCAGAAGGUAACACCAAGGGUGAUAUUGUAUUAUUCCUUAUGCCAUUAAGAAAUGCUGAAAAUGUAUUACCAAUGGCGUUUUAUAAUUUAAUGAAUUUAACUUAUGAUCAUUCAUUAAUUGAUAUUGCAUUUUUAGUUUCUGAUUGUUCCCCUAAUGAUCGAACUUUAGAAACUGUAUUUGAAUAUUCUGUUGCAUUACAAAAUGGUACUUUAGUUGAUAAAUUGAAACAAGAAGAAGAUGAAAGAAAUAGUCGUUCAGUGCAGGGUUCUAACGAUUUAUAUCAAUUAUAUAUGGAUCAAGGUUAUAUGGAUGGAGUUCGUAAAGCUUAUAAACAUCCUGAAGAACAUCAUAAGGGGUAUAGAAAACCAUUCCGAUCCGUAUCAAUCUUUAAAAAAGAUUUUGGUCAAAUCAUUGGUCAAGGUUUUAGUGAUAGACAUGCAGUUAAAGUUCAAGGUAUUCGUCGUAAAUUGAUGGGUAGAGCUAGAAAUUGGUUAACAUCAAGUGCAUUAAAAGCUUAUCAUUCUUGGGUUUAUUGGAGAGAUGUUGAUAUUGAAACUUGUCCUGGAAAUGUAAUUGAAGAUUUAAUGCAACAUGAUUAUGAUGUAAUGGUACCAAAUGUUUGGAGACCAUUACCAACCUUUUUAGGUAAUGAACAACCGUAUGAUUUAAAUUCAUGGAUUGAAUCUGAACCAGCUUUAGAAUUAGCUGCUACUUUAGAUGAAGAUGAUGUUAUUGUUGAAGGUUAUGCUGAAUAUCCUACCUGGAGAGCUCAUUUAGCUUAUAUCAGAGAUCCAAAUGGUAAUCCUAAAGAAGUUGUUGAUCUUGAUGGGGUUGGAGGAGUUUCAAUUUUAGCCAGAGCCAAGAUUUUUAGACAAGGGGUUCAUUUCCCAGCGUUUACAUUUUUAAAUCAUGCAGAAACUGAAGCAUUUGGUAAAAUGGCUAAAAAGAUGGGAUUUAGUGUGGGUGGAUUACCUCAUUAUACUAUAUGGCAUAUUUAUGAACCAAGUGAAGAUGAUCUUAAACAAAUUGCAAAAUUAGAAAGAAAAAAGAGACGUCAAAAAGGUAAACAUUAA